AUGUCACUACGGUUAUCAGAAGGAACAAAUGCUAAUACCAAGGCGCAAAAAUAUUAUGAAGAGAUGAGCGUGAAGACAGAAGAUCUGCACAAAAAAUGGGUCGAGCUAGAUGGUAAUUAUAAAAUUGCUAGUAUUUUGCGAGAGAAGCAGGAACUGCGGGAUGCACUUUCGACAAGCUUUGAUGAGGUCAAUGGUCUAAAUCAUGCGCUUGAAGUGUACAGCGUAGUAGUUGAAAGCAUUAUGGACAGAAAGAGAGAAUGGAGUAAACCUCGUCAACAACGCGAUAGGAACAUCAUCAUUAAAGGGCAUGAGAUUGCCCAUGGAGGAACGUGCCUCCCAGAUGCUUACCAAAUCAUGUCUACUAGCAACAAUGACUUGGGAUGGUACAAAGAAUAUUACGGAACAACCUCCGAGAUUUUCUUGAAGUUUGAAACCAGUAAAGCAUUUAUGGAGCUAAUCAACAUGCGAUACGAACUCUACCGCUAUAAAAAGCAUGUUAAAUCAGCCGCUGAUGGAUUCAAAGAGGGUUUCCAAAACCUGUUGGAGAUGAUUCUGGCUCAGCGAACAAGUAUGACUGCCGAAUCUGUGCAAAAACUUCUUGUGGGUGACCACCCCACAACGUUAACUUCGAGACGUAUCUAUUCUAAGCUUUGUGUCCUAUGGGAAAAUGGGAUGAAACAAGGACUACAGGCAAUUCAAAUUCAUUAG